AGAACUUGCUGCUCAAUACCUCUUUUUCACUUUCGCUGUGUUCACCAUUUCAUUUGAUUUGCUUUCAUCCCAACUUGUUACCUUCAUUUGUCUCUGGUCGGUCCUUUUUAUCAUCUUCUGCUGCUUUCUGCCCCCUCAACUCACCUCCCUUUUCACAAAUCAUCUCAUCUUUUCACUAUUUUCAUCCUUUAUUUCAUUAAUUAUCCCCAUUUCAUUUUAUUUGUUUUCAUCCUGACUUGUUUCCUUCAUCGUCUUUGCUCAACUCUUCUUUUUGAUCAUGACUCUGCACCUCACCUCACCUCACCUCACAUCCCCAUACAGAAAUUUGCUCUUCCUCCUACAAUUCUCAUUUUUCACCUUCGUUUAAUUUGGUUCUUCUGCUUCUUGUCUCUCUAAUUCUGACCAGUUUUCGUCCCGCUAUACAAAUCAGCUCACCCUCCUAUCAUUAUCAGCCUUUGUUCUUCUGUUUCCUGUCUCUCAACACACCAAAAAAAAGAAAAAAAAAAAGAAAGAAAAAAAAAACAGAAUUAGAAGAUGGCCGCUGACAUUGGCGUUGCUGCGGGUGGCAAAUGUGCUGAGCACCUAGUUGAAUCGACUAUCAAUCUGAUCUCAAAACCAAUAACUCUUGUUUACAAAUGGAGCGAUAAUGUCAGAAAUCUGAAGGAUAAACUGGACCAGCUGAUGGAUAGAAGAGAGAGUGUGCAACACGAUGUUAAUGAAGCUGAAGGAAAGGCUGAAGAAAUUGAACAGGAGGUCAAGAAUUGGAUGAGUAAAGCAGAUAACUACAUUACUGUAGAGGCAAAGAAAUCACUGGAUAAAUUAGAAGACAAAGCCAAGAAGAGGUGUUUCCUAGGGUUGUGUCUUAAUCCCAAGUCGCUUUACAGACUAAGCAAAAAAGCAGAGGAGGAUGCCCUGGCUGUUGGUCAACUUCUGGAGGAGGCCAAGUUCAAUAGAAUUUCCUUCUUUCGUGGGGAAAAGGAGAAAACAGCCCUAGUUGAUGAAUUUUUCAAGGACUUUGACUCAAGAAAGCAUGUUUUGAAGAAGAUCAUGGAGGCUCUACUAACUCCAAGCAUCAACAAGAUAGGGGUGUACGGGAUGCCAGGCGUGGGGAAGACAUUGCUGGCUGGAGAAGUUAAAAGAAAAGCAGAGCAAGAGAAGUUGUUUGAUGCAGUUGUUAUUGCUAAAGUGACAAAGAAUCCAGACUUGAAAAGUAUUCAACAAGAAAUUCAACGUGGCUUGGGUUUACGGCUUCCUGAUGGGAUUCCAGUGUGGGAAGCUGCUGCUCGAAUAAAGGCAACACUGAAAGAAAGGCAGAAGGUCCUAGUAAUUUUGGAUGAUAUUUGGGGACCAAUAGCUUUGGAGGAUGUGGGAAUCCCCUUAGCUGCAAAUGAGCAAAGGCAACCUGUAGGUGAAAAGAGUGAUGAAAGCUCAGCUGAACAACAAAUUUUUGCAUGUAAGGUUUUGUUGACCUCCAGAGAUCGCUCUGUUUUAUCAGGUGAUAUGAGUACUGAAGAAGAAUUUCUAGUUGGUCGAUUAGAAGAUAAUGAAUCAUGGGAGCUAUUUAAGAAGGUAGUUGGCAAGGAUGUUGAAAGGCAUGAGUUGCAGCAGAUUGGAAGGAAGAUUGCAAAAGAAAGUGGAGGAUUGCCGAUUGCUGUUGCAACAAUUGGAAAUGCUUUGAAAAAUAAGAGUGUGCAUGAUUGGAAGGAUGCUCUGCUAGAAUUGAAAAGACCUUCUCCGGAUGGGAAAUCUGCGAAAUUGUUUUCAGCUAUAGAGUUCAGUUUCAAGCAUUUAGAAAGAGAAGAACUCAAGCAAACAUUCUUGAUGUGUAGUUUGCUAAGCCACAAUGCUUCAGUUGAAGAGUUGGUGAAAUAUGGUGUGGGUUUGGGUUUAUUUCUAAAUGUCCGCACCAUAGAAGAAACACGAAACAGAGUGUUGUCGUUGGUUGAUCAUCUCAAAGCGUCUUCUCUGUUGGUAGAAGGUCGUAGCAAAAUGUAUUUUGACAUGCAUGACCUCAUUCGGGAUGUUGCUAAGUCAAUGGCUUCUAGGAACUAUGGUGUGUUUACUUCAAGAGAUGAGGACGUGCAGGGAGGGUGGCCAGACAAAGAGGUAAUGACAGAUUUGAAAUGGAUUUUUUCAUCAAAUCGAGAUGCUUGCGGUGGUCUGCUUCCAGAUAAGCUCCAAUGCCCCAAGCUUACUUUCUUUCAUUUGUCCAACUACUCUCCAGCAAUUCCUACAAAUUUUUUUUCGGGGAUUGAAAAACUCAGAGUCUUGAGUUUGACAAAAAUGAAUUUAUCCCCCAUGCCUGUUUCUAUUACCCUCCUAGCAGACCUUCGCACAUUGCGUUUGGAUCAAAGUGUGCUAGGAGAUGAAGACGUAGGUGCUAUCAUAGGAAAGCUGAAGAAUUUGCAAGUCCUCAGCCUUGCAGGAUGUAAAAUUGAAGAGCUGCCAAAAGAAGUAGGGAGUUUGACCGAGCUAAAGUUGUUAGAUUUGAGUGACUGCACAAAAUUGAAAGUAAUUCCACAACAAGUCUUAGCACGUUUGUCCGAACUACAAGAGCUAAAAAUGGGAAACAGCUUUUACCAGUGGGAUGUCAUGGGGCAUGGGAAGCAAAGAAAUGCUAGCCUUGCUGAGUUGACACAGUUACCUAGACUAACAGCUUUGGAGUUACGUGUCCUUGAUGUUCAAAAGAUCCCUGGAAAAUUAGAAAGAUACAAGAUAUUCAUCGGGGAUGUGUGGAACAACCGGGAUAGCUCGUUUGAUAGCUCAAAAGUAUUGAAGCUACAGAUGAAGACACACAUAAGAUUCGACUAUUCAAUUAAACGGUUGUUGAAGAUGACUGAAGAGCUACAUCUAGAACAGUUGAAUGGUGUAAAGAAUGUGGUUGAUGAGUUAGAUAUUGAAGAUUUUCCAGAUCUGAAGUAUCUCUAUAUUUGUAACGCUCCAGAGCUUCAUCAAAUUGUUAACCUAAGGGGAUGGGGUCCUUUCAGUGCAUUUCCCAACUUGGAAGUAUUGUUUCUUCGUAAUUUAAUUAAAUUGGAGAAGUUAUUUCAAGCCAGGUUCAAAGAUACGGCUUUUAGCAAAUUAAGAACAAUAACAAUUGAGUGUUGUCAUCAGCUAAAGAAUUUGUUCUCCUUUUCCAUAGCUAGCCAGUUUCUCCAACUACAAGAAAUUAGAGUGUCAGACUGCAGCAACAUGGAAGAGAUUAUUGAUCUCGUCAAGGAGCAAAGGAGCAGAGAAGAUAUUGUUGAAGCAAGUCAAGAAGUAAAGCCAAAGUUUGGUCAGUUGUUGCGGUCCUUGAGAUUACAACGUCUGCCAAAGCUGAUUAGCUUCAACAAGUUAUUCCCUCCAAAAGGAGAGCAGGUUGGUGACCAAGAGAAACAAGUUGAGACUGAGGUUGGAUUUGCUGGGUUAGAGGACUUGAAACUGUCAGACUUUCCUGAAUUGAUUGAAAUAUGGCAUGAUAGGGAGAAGCGCCAAGCAAUUUUGGAUUUCAGAUUGCUUAAAUAUCUACAGCUCGAUAAUUGUGCCCAGCUCUCAUACUUGUUAACCCCUUCCAUGGUAUUUUGCCUUGUGCAACUCGAAUUUAUAAGCAUAAAGAACUGUGCUAUGAUGGAGCAAGUGAUAAUGGGAGAUGGAGAAGAAAAUUCCAAGUUUGGAAAGAAUUGUUAUAGAAGAAUGCCAAAAUAUGGUUACGUUCGCUGCUUCUACAUCGUCUGGAGAGCAUGAAAAAGAGACAACUCAUCAAUACUUUUUUAGCAGCAAGGUUAGUUUUCUUAUUCUUUUACGCUUUAUUGUUAGUUGUACAAUAUUUCACUGAUUGUUUCUUACAUUUCCAUGAGUUUAUGUCAUUUUCAUAAGUUUAUGGAUAUAAAUGCAUUUGAUGCCUAUCUUAUGUACAUCGAUAAGAAAGGCUAUAUAAAGAAUGCAUUUGCAU